AUGUGGCUCUCCGUUCCCUGCCGGCGCCGGGGACCGUCGUUAGACGGUUGUCAGAGAGCCCAGAGAUCGUUUAGGGGUCGAGUUGUGGAUGUUACCAAGGUCGUUUGCCUUUUUCCGGCGGUGACGACCUCCCCACGAGAACAUGCCCAGCGCCUGGUGCAGAGCCCCAGCUGCUGCUUCGUGGACGUGAAGUGCCUGGGGUCCUACAAAAUCGCCACUGUGUUCAGCCGUGCGCAGACGGUGAUACUGUGCGUGGGCUUCCCCACCGUCCUGUGCCGUCCGAAGGGAGGAAAAUUAAGGCUCACGGAAGGAUGCUCCUUCGGACGCAAGCAGCACUGAAAGCACCCUGAAUCCAUAUG